GCCACCGGGAGCACUGUUAAGCCAGGCUGUGCGCGACGUCGCCUCCCCUGGAUACCGGCGACGCGCACAGCCCAUCCGGACACCGACGCUCCGGCAUUACUCCGCGUCCACGAUGCGGAUGUUAACAAUGAGUCCGAUAUUAGUGGCUGUGGUGGCGUUCGAGCCGAGUGGACGGACUAACGGGCCGCCAUGAAUGACAGGUACCACAAGGCGGCCCGGGAUGGCUACCUCAACCUGCUGAAGGAGGCCACCCGCAAGGACCUCAACGCCCCGGAUGAGGAUGGCAUGACCCCGACGCUAUGGGCGGCUUAUCACGGCAACCUGGAGGCUCUGAGGCUCAUCGUGGCGAGAGGAGGGAACCCAGACAAGUGCGACAUAUGGGGCAACACGCCGCUCCACCUGGCCGCCGCCAACGGUCACCACAACUGCCUUUUCUUCUUGGUGUCGUUUGGCGCCAACAUAUGGUGCCUGGACAACGACUACCACACGCCGCUGGACAUGGCCGCCACCAAGAACCAUAUGGACUGCGUCCGCUACCUGGACUCCAUCGCCGCCAAGCAAACGGGCCUGAACCCCAAGCUGGUCAACAAGCUGAAAGACAGGGCCUUCCGAGAGGCCGAGCGGCGCAUCAAAGAGUGCGCCAAGAUGCAGAAGAAGCACCACCAGCGCAUGGAGAGGAAGUUCCAAAAGGAGGCGCCCGAAGCGUCCUUGUCGGACGUCAUGAGCUUUUCCAGUUAUAGCAGCAGCUCUGUUAGCCACAAGCUGCACAACCUCAGUGCAGCCGCCGGUAGUGUGCCAUAUUCACAGGCUACCCUUCAUGCCACAAAUCGAGGGAAAACAAAGAUCCAGAAGAAACUGGAGAAGAGAAAACAGGGAGAUGGGAGCUUUAAGAUCUACGAGGAGGGGAGGAAAAGCGUACGCUCCCUCUCAGGACUCCAGCUGGGCAACGAUGUCAUGUUCAUCAGACCGGGCACCUACGUCAACUCCAAGGAAUACGGCCGCCGGAAUGUCCGCGACAUGUUCCCCAGAGACGACGACGCCAUUUCACGUGCCAUCAGCGAGCCCGACCUUCAUGGGAACUACGUGGACCAGUCGGAGGUCAGCACAGACUCGGGACACGAUUCCUUGUUCAACCGUCCUGGUCUGGGCACCAUGGUCUUCCGCAGGAACUACGUGAGCGGGGGGUUGUUCGACCUGAACGGUCAGGAGGGAGCUGACGGUUCAGACAACACGGUGCAUCUCCGCAGCCGGCUGCACCCUCACCGCAGUCUGGACGAGGACAGCAUCGGGAGCGCCCGCAGCCUGCAAGAGAGGAACAUCGACGAGCUUCCCUGGGAGGAGGUGGAAUUAGGGCUGGACGACGACGACGAGGCCCACACCAGCCCGUUGGAGGUCUUCCUGGCCGUGCACGGCAUGAGCGACUUUUUCUCCAUCUUCAGGAGGGAGAAGAUUGAUCUGGAAGCGCUGCUGCUGUGCUCCGACCACGACCUCAAGAGCAUCCACAUCCCUUUAGGACCCAGAAAAAAGAUCUUAGAUGCCUGCCAGAGACGCAUGGAAACCAUUGAGGACCCAGAGUGCAUUGAGGACACUGAACUGUGAGUGCACUUACCAAUGUGGACAUCUGCACAAUCUAGUGAGAGCCAAUACAAAUGUGUAUUAGCCUCUCUGGAUCAGUGCAACAGUGUGACACUAUAUUGUCUAGAGCAGGAAUAUUCAACUAAGUGGUUUCGGGGGCCACGUUUCCAGAAAUCUAAGGACCAGGGGGCCUGACUUCUCCCUUCACUGUUAGUCUUAUUUUGCAUAUUACGGAGAACCUGCGUCCUCUACAGUAGACAUUUGAUUUUGGUCUAUUUAUUUUGUCAGCGUUACAGGGGCGCUCUGCCGUUUUUAAGGACCUUCUGCAAAAAAGCUAGUUGAAGAUUAUUACUAUGACAGCACCCUUUGAAAGAAAAAAUGCAAAAAAUGUGAAUCUCUCACAAGUUUUUUGCUCACAAUUGAAUAGCCCAAAUUAUGAAAAAGAGAGGACCUCAAAUGGAACCUUGAGGAACAUUACGAGUAAAACUAGAUGAGGUGUGAAUGCUCCAAUGCUGAAGUUGAACUGAAAUCCUGGAUUUUUUUUUUUCAGAAUUGUUGACGUAGAGCAAACAAUUCCUGAACAGGAUGAAUAUUUUGGCAGUUGGAGCAGUUGGAAUCAGAUGAAAAAUGUGGGAAUUGUGGAACUUUGAAGAAUGUCCCAUUGAUUUCAAUGGGAAUUUCCCCCAAAAUUGGUAAAGUGGGAAUUUUAGUGAAAAUGGUAAAACACUUGAAUAGAGAUGUCCGAUAAUAUCGGACUGCCAAUAUUAUCGGCCGAUAAAUGCUUGAAAAUGUAAUAUCGGAAAUUAUCGGUAUCGGUUUCAAAAAGUACAAUUUAUGACUUUUUAAAACGCCGCUGUACGGAGUGGUACACGGACGUAGGGAGAAGUACAGAGCGCCAAUAAACCUUAAAGGCACUUCCUUUGCGUGCCGGCCCAGUCACAUAAUAUCUACGGCUUUUCACACACACAAGUGAAUAAAAUGCAUACUUGGUCUACAGCCAUACAGGUCACACUGAGGGUAGCCGUAUAAACAACUUUAACACUGUUACAAAUAUGCGCCAUACUGUGAACCCACACCAAACAAGAAUGACAAACACAUUUGGGGAGAACAUCCGCACCGUAACACAACAUAAACACAACAGAACAAAUACCCAGAACCCCUUGCAGCACUAACUCUUCCGGGACGCUACAAUAUACACCCCCCGCUACCCUCUCCCCCCCACCUCAACCCCGCCCUCCCCAAAAACGCCCACCUCAACCUCCUCAUGCUCUCUCAGGGAGAGCAUGUCCCAAAUUCCAAGCUGCUGUUUUGAGGCAUGUUAAAAAAAAUAAUGCACUUUGUGACUUCAAUAAUAAAUAUGGCAGUGCCAUGUUGGCAUUUUUUUUUUUCCAUAACUUGAGUUGAUUUAUUUUGGAAAACCUUGUUACAUUGUUUAAUGCAUCCAGCGGGGCAUCACAACAAAAUUAGGCAUAAUAAUGUGUUAAUUCCACGACUGUAUAUAUCGGUAUCGGUUGAUAUCGGAAUCGGUAAUUAAGAGUUGGACAAUAUCGGAAUAUCGGAUAUCGGCAAAAAAGCCAUUAUCGGACAUCUCUACACUUGAAUGGUCUGUUGAAAUGUUUGGUGUGGAAUUUUUUCAAAUCGGUUCAGAAAUGCUGAAGUAGUAACAUGUUGAAUUGACAAAUGGUACUACAGAAUUCCUGGAAUUUCGGGCAAACCGGGAAUUUUUCCAGUUAAAAAAACAACUGAGUUUUUUGUCCUGAUUAAGAGGAACGUUUGGAAGGUUGAAAUGCGUUGUGGAAAAUGGGUGGAAAUAGGGCUUUGGAAAAGCAGGAAUUCUGGAAAAUCCUGGAAUUUUUUUUAACUUGGAAAAAUUAUAGUUUGAAUUUCCAGAAUGGUGAAAUGUGUUGAAGGUGGAAUGGUUCGAAUAGGUUGAAAAAUGUGGAAAUGGUGAAAGUUUGAAAAAUGGCCAAUUCAUUUUGAAUGGGGUAAAAAUGUCCCGGAAAACCUGGAAUUCUGGGAAAUCUGGGAAUUUUUGGAAUUUGCCAAGGGAAAGCCCGCGACUCCCGAAUAGGCUGAACAGUUUGAAGUGGGAGCGGUUUGAAUGGGAUGAAAAAUGUGUAAGGUAGAGCGCGCCAAAAUCUGGAGAAGAAGAAGAAGUUUUAAUAAUAAAUAGAUUAAUUUUGGUGUAGAAAACCAUGCUUUGGAGCAUUCACACAAUUAAAGGAGUUGGACAAAUGACUACUGAUUGCAUGUGAAGUAAACAAGCUACAGUAAUCACAUUACCAACAAAAUGUGUACCUGCCAAAAAGGAAAGAACUUAAAAGGGGUGCAUUCAGAGCACUUCAUUUUUUCCACAUUUCAUGCUACAGCCUUGUUCAAAAAUGGAAUAAAUUCAUUGUUGUCCUCAAAAUUCUACACACGAUACCCCAUAAGGGCAACGUUUUUUUUUCAAAUGUAUAACAAAAACAACCUAAAAGCAAUUGUCAGGUUCAAACGCUGAUGACAUCUAUCAAACAAGACAAGAGGCAAAGAAUCAAACAGAGACAGAAUUCAAUUUGGACUCAAUGUAUUGAGGAGAGUCGCCGUCGACCUGUAACCUCUUACAGUGUCUCCGCACGCUCUGCCACUCCUCCUUCUUUAUUUGACUUUCUCCCCCCCCCCCCCACCUGACCACAGCUGCUUCCAGAGGGAAGUGGGUCGUAAACAGCGUUGCCUUUGGUUACCGAACAGUUCAAAAGAAGAGGUUGUAAAAUAGUUCAAAAAGAGUUCCAUAAAAUAGUUCAAAGAGUUCCAUAAAAUAGUUCAAAAAGCGUUCGUAAAAUACUUCAAAAAGAGUUCGUCUAGAAAUUGGGCAGAUCCUGUCAUCUCUCCGCUUUGAAGUCACAGUGGCGUUCCUUGACCACACGAUCCUUGACAGAAUCGGGUCAGGGUCCAGUGGCAUGGAGUCCCAAGACGACUGGGGACCCUUUUCUGCUGCAGCCUUCUUCCGCCGUUGUGGUAGUUCUUAAAUCUACCGUCUUCCGCCUGCUCCGCCGUUGAGAUCUUCACCGUAUCCCUGGCUAGGGGGCAGUCAGGUACUAGGCCUUUGCCAAGGGCCACCUGGGGUAACAGUAGUAAACCUCCUAGUGCCCCAAGACCCCCAUAGAGGACCCUCCACUUUAACGUCAUGCCCAGGACAAUGUACAUAAGUAUGGUGCAUGAACAAAGUAUUAUAGCAAAGGCUGUGAAUACUUAACUACAUGGGUUUUUUGGGGGGUUUUUUUAAUAAUAAAUUUGCAAUAAAAAAAUGAAGUGAAUUAUAUUUAUAUAGCGCUUUACAUAGUGAAACCCAAUAUCUAAGUUACAUUUAAACCAGUGUGGGUGGCACUCGGAGCAGGUGGGUAAAGUGCAUUGCCCAAGGACACAACGGCAGUGACUAGGAUGGCGGAAGCGGGAAUCAAACCUGGAACCCCUGCUGGCACGGCCACUCUACCAACCGAGCUAUGCCGCCCCGUUGAAAUAAAAACAACUUUUCCCAAUGUCAUAACGGGGUAUUGUGUGUAGAAUUUUGAGGACAAAAUAGAUGUAUUCCAAAAAUGUGGAGAAAUACUUUAUAACAGGAGCACUCUUGUGUUUUUUGUAAUUUUCUCCAAAAAAUGUUUGCCCCCCCGCCCCCGAGUUUCGAACUGAGCUUGGGGUCCCGUAUGAUGUCACUCCUAGGCCGGUCCUCCAGUUGAAUAGCACUGCCCUAGAUGGUGUUGUGCUUGCAUGAAUGUGGUUUUUUUGUCAAGUGUCAAACACUUCAUGAAAUUUGUGUUCUACCGCAUUACGUGCAAAUACCUGGAGUGACUAAAAUUCACGUCCGCGGUCUUUGUCGUCUGCUAAUUUGAGGUCGAGAGAGUCACAUUUCAAACUCUGACCUGUUUACUCGGAUGCUCUGUGAGUGGACUACAAUUACAUUAGUCAUCGUACGAGCAAGUCAGCGUAGAACUUCCCCUUAUUGAUCAUACCUCUGUGUGGCAUGUGAUCCCUCCCAGCAAAUCAUCAAAUUAAGCAAUGCUUAAUUAUUUAUAAUUUGGACAAACUAUGAUGACAGUUUAAACUCAAACCCUAACCCUGCCUACACACACAAAGGCCUCUUGCACACAAAGAUACCACACAAUUAGUGCAACAUACAAACCGGCAUAAUUAGUAUCAUUAGUCUGGGGAAUUUCACAGGGGAAUUUAUCAAAGUGUAAAAAAAAAUUAUUUGUUGGCUAUUGAUAAUUGCUUUCAACACAACAGGGCGGGAGAUCUUGGGUGUUAAACGAGUAGUCCGGUCAUUACGUGACACACUUUCACACAGAACCCCGUCCCGCCUCUGUUAGGGCUCUCACACUAACCCUCCAAGCUGGAAAAAUUGCGAGCUAGUGUCAGUGUUGCAUCAAAAGGUUCCACAGGUAACAUUACGUUUGUGUCAAAGUCGUUACAGAGGUGGGACACUUGUCAGCGUGUGAGGGUAUUUCAUGGAAUUUGCGCACAUAUAUUGUUUUUAUGUCAACAGUGGUUCAUUUCUUUUUGCACUUGUAUGUUGCAUAAAACAUUGCACUGUUAAUAAAUGUCUCACGAUGGCAACUAAAGAUGUGAUGUAUAGUUAUUUGAAGGGAGCCGGAACUUGAGGAGCCGUUAAUUUUAAAGAGCCGUUUAAAAGAUUGACUUGUUAUUAUAGUUUUUUUAUAAUUUUUUUUUUUAUCAUGGAAACAGUCACUGGUAUAGCAGUUAUACGAUAAGAAUCAUUUAUAUUACUGUACUCUAUUGGUGGGAAUUAUUUUGAAAUAUUGGCUUUAUUAGGGUCCACCC